AUGAGGGUUCCGCUGUUCCUGAUCGUGUGUCUGGUGUGCUCCGCCAAGGCGCAGCAGCACGAUGCUCGAUACGAGGCCGAAAAGAUCAGGAUACUCGAAAUAUAUAAUAAUCCUGCAGUAGAUGCCGCUACUAAGGAAAGGAACAUUCCAACACUAAUCGACUUUUAUACGCACCACUCGGAUCGCAUCCAGCUGCCCGAUGAGGAUAGACGACAAUUCGAUGAGUUCAUUGGCAAAUACACUGAGUCCAAUUCGAAGUUGGUGGAUGGAGUUCCAGCUCAAGGAGGUUGGGUUGGUUCCCUUCUGUCCACAACGGUUGGCAACUUGAUAGCCAAGCUCAUCUAUAGGCUCAUCACACAAGAUACAACGACGCCUAAAUCAAUUUGAGCCCACAGCCAA